AUGACCACGCCCUCGCAACCCCAGCUGCUGCUGCACAUCCUAGCCCUCCUUGCAGCAGCAGCAGCAGCAGGGGCUCUACUGAUCCAGGCUGCCGCCAUUGCUGAGCAACAUGAGCUGGCGAUCACACGUCCGGAUUGCCCGGACAAGUGUGGCAACAUCAGCAUCCCCUUCCCGUUCGGCAUGACGCCCGGCUGCUUCCGGGAGGGCUUCCAGGUCACCUGCGACCACUCUUUCCAGCCCCCUCGCGCCUUCCUUGCUGCUAAAGAUGGCGGAAGAUCAGCCCGGAUAUGGACCCUCUACUCCUUCUUCUCAGCGUCCAAGAAGGGUAAUUAUUCGAUCCAAUACCCAGAGAAUAACCUGCGUGUCAAGCCGAUCGAGCUCAUCGACGUAUCAAUCGCCAAGAGUGAGGCUCGGGUAUACGGCGCAGUGGCUUCCGCCUGCAGCAGGAACGCCACUGCUGGGAUCUUGAAGAUGACGAUCACCACCUUGUUGGCGCGCGGCAUGGACGAGGCGCAGGGUCCGUUCCUCGUGUCGCUGGCGCGCAACGUCCUCAUCGGCGUCGGCCUUGAAAGUGCGCCUUCGGUGUCAAGGUUCCACUUCAACACCUCACCCGGGGACGGAGAGGCUGACUACCUCGUCUCCUGCAGCUCGUCCGUCCUCGGAAACCUGCAGCUCCCGUCCAACGGGUCGUGCACUGGGCACGGCUGCUGCCAGGCCUCCCUGCCGGAAGGGCGCCGGCUCACCGGUGUCUCGGUUGCCACGCCUCCCAACACCCUGAACAACACUAUGUGGAGGACCAGCCCGUGCACCUUCGCCAUGCUGGUGGAGCACCCAUGGUACAACUUCUCCGCGGCGGACCUGUACGGCGACACCACCGGCAAGUUCCCCAGGGGCGUGCCCUUCGUGAUCGACUUCGCCAUCAGGAACGCUAGAUGCCCGGCGGAAGGCCAGCAGCCACCUCUUGACUACGCGUGCGUUAGCGGCAACAGCUCUUGUGCUGACGUGACCAAUGGUUACGUCUGCAAGUGCUCGGAGCACUAUGAGGGCAACCCUUACAUCUCUAAUGGAUGCCAAGACAUCGACGAAUGCAAGUUCCCUGGUUUGUAUCCUUGCUCAAGUGAUGGGAUAUGCAAGAACAGACUUUUAGGGUAUGACUGUCCAUGCAAACCUGGAAUGAAAGGCGAUGGCAAAACAGGAACAUGCCAACCCAUAUUCUCCCGAGUGGCAAAGAUAGUUGUAGGUGUAAUAGGUGGAUUCGUUGUCAUAGUGGCUCUGCUAUUCCUCAUUCUUCUUCACAACGAGAAAAGGAAGAUGAGGGAGUUCUAUGAAAAGAAUGGUGGGCCUAUAUUGGAGAAAGCAAAAAUUAUAAAGCUUUUCAAAAAGGCAGAGCUGAAGGAAAUUUUGAAGAGUAAAAAUUUAAUUGGAAAAGGUUUCUUUGGUGAAGUUUACAAGGGCCUUCUUGAUAACAAGCUGGUUGCAGUAAAAAAACCGAUAAGUGGUGCUGCACAGGAGAAUAAUGAACAAUUUGUAAAUGAAGUCAUCAUCCAAUCUCAAGUCAUCCACAAGAACAUUGUUAGGCUGAUAGGUUGUUGCCUAGAAGUUAAUAUCCCAAUGCUUGUUUAUGAGUUCCUCCCCAAAGGUAACCUCGAAGAUAUUCUUCACAGCAACAAGAAUGUAGUGCCUCUCAACAUGGAUGUGCGCUUGAGUAUUGCUGCGCAAUCAGCAGAUGGUCUAGCUUAUAUGCACUCGAAAACCACUAAUAAAAUCCUACAUGGUGAUGUGAAGCCAGCUAAUAUACUCUUGGAUGACAACUUCAUGCCAAAAAUCUCAGACUUUGGCAUAUCCAGAUUGAUUGCAAGAGAUAAGCAACACACAGAUGAAGUCAUUGGCGAUAUGAGUUAUAUGGAUCCAGUAUAUAAGCAAACAGGACUUCUAACAGAAAAAAGUGAUGUCUACAGUUUUGGAGUUGUGAUCUUGGAACUCAUAUGUAGGGAAAAGGCCUCAUAUUCUGACAAUAAUAGCUUAGUAAGGAAUUUUCUUGAAGCUCACAAAGAGAAGAGGGUAGCCGAGUUGUUUGAUAGUGAAAUUGCACUGACAAGUAAUUUAGAGGUUCUUCAUAGUCUGGCAAGGAUUGCAGUGGAAUGUCUUAACAUCGAUGUGGAUCAAAGACCAUCAAUGAUAGAGGUAGCACAGAGCCUUAUCCUACUAAACCGGUCUAGUAACCUGUAA